GGAGAUCCUCUAAUUUAUAAAUCAAUUCAUCUUAAAAUUAACAAUGAGAAUAAUAUUUAAAAAACACCCAUCAACACCUAUUUUUUCAAAUGAUUCGUGGCUUGAGGCCCUGCAGGCUGCUAAAGAUCUUUUCCCUAGAGAGUUGACUAGCAGUGAUUAUUCACCUUCUGAAGAUGUCUUCAUUUCAACUGAGAAGUUAAGAUCACGAUUAGUGCAGGAAGGUGUUGGUGAGACAGUCAUCAAAGAAUGUGAAUCCAUUAUGUUAUCAGAAGUCUCUGAGCUGCAAAACAAGUUGAAGGCUCUUCAACAUAAACACAUCAUGGUGUUAGACACAUUGAGGCAAUUAGAGACAGAGAAAAUAGAGCUGGAAGCUACUGUAGUAGAUGAAACGAAGGAACGUGAUUCAUAUUGUGGACAAGCAAAUAGAACAUUUAGUGAUUUCUAUUCUGUAAUGUCAGAGGCUAGUGCUAGCGAUUCCGAUGCUGACAAUGAAAGUCAAGAUGGAGCAGAUGUUGAAUCAGAUGAAAAUGAUGGUUUAUUCUUUGAUACAAAUGAUUUUUUGUCCACUGAUGCUUUAAGAAGCUCUUCCUAUCGGAGUAGGGCAGCUACUGGAAAUACAGAUAUAUAUGAUAAAGACCCCUUUUUAUCUGAUCAUUUGCGUGGGUUUGAGAAGGAGAUUAGGACAGUUCAAUAUCCGUAUGUUAAAAGAAGAGAUAUUCUGCCGGAACCAAAGGAGAAAGAGAAACAUGUUGGUCUGUGGUCAAUUAUCAAGGACAAUAUCGGGAAGGACUUAUCUGGAGUUUGUCUUCCUGUUUAUUUUAACGAACCACUCUCUUUGCUGCAGAAGUGCUUUGAGGAUUUGGAGUACUCAUACUUGGUUGGUCAAGCUUUGGAAUGGGGAAAGCAGGUCAGGUCCUCAGCUGUGCUUUCUUUUGUAACAAAGCAGUUUUAAAACAUGAUCUGCUUGUUACAUUUUAGUACAGGGGAACGAUUUGAUGAGAAUUCUAAACGAUGCAGCUUUUGCUGUAUCCGGGUAUGCCUCAACAGAAGGUCGUCAGUGCAAACCCUUCAACCCUCUCCUUGGGGAAACCUACGAGGCUGCCUAUCCAGAUAAAG